AUGGCCCUGGAACCAAUUGGCGAGCUACCACGACAAAGCCCUAGUAACGGUUCGAAAGAUCCGUUCAUGUCUUAUCACAAUUCCAGGCUAUCUGAUCCUGGAAUGCCUCUUUCAUUGGAAUCUGAUCAUUCUAUGGGGCGUAUGAAGAAGAUGAACCCGGAACAUGUGGACUCCAUCCCCAGAUUCCAUUUGAGGCGAAAGCCCGGAAACAGGGAUGAGUUCGACGGACCAACUCAGCUGCUGAGGAUGCCUAGCCCAGGCCCAGCAGCAACCGAAAUCCCGGAGAAGGACCUGCCACACCUUCCCACUUCAUUGAAUGUACAGGAGCAAGUGAAGAUUUUAUGUGAUAUCAACGAUCGUUUAUCCCGGUGCGCCUUUGAUUUUGUGGCCAAAUACCAGUUCCCAAUCCCAUUGGAGCCCGAGAAGUCAGAAGUAAGAUCCCCAGAAGACCGUGAAUGGACAGAAUGGGUCCACUUGCUCAGAAGACUUGCGACUAAACGCCGUAUUCCUGCGCGCGUUUUAUAUGAUGGCCAAAUAAAGCAGUUCAUCACUGUGCUCGAAAACUCACUGGAAAUGCGCCACACAGCAAAGAACCAGUCGCGCCCACUGAGAGAUGAUCGAAACAUUUUACAGCUUAUAUCUGCCGGAACACAGGUCGCUAAAAUACUCAAAGACGCCCCUGCGAUGGAAUAUUUUGAUUUUUUGUAUUCCCGAACAGAAAGGCAAAUCCAUGAGCGACGGAACCAUACUCCUAGUUUCUUUUAG